AUGAAAGCAAUAGUGAAAAUUACAGUCAUACCCUUCACACUUUCCUCGCCAUUACGCCCCAACCUUCCAACCAAUCCCUUCUGCCGCGGCCCAAUCCUGACCCCGGGGCUCCACGCCGCCGACCUCCGCCGGAUCUUCCACCAGCUCGACCGCAACGGCGACGGCCUCCUCAGCAUCGACGAGCUCGGCUGGCUCCUCGACCGGAUCGGAUCAUCGUCCCUCCACUUCACCAGCGACGAGCUCGAGUCCUCCGUCGGAAAAUCCACCCUCGACUUCGACGAUUUCCUCGCCUUCUACCGCUCCAUCGACGGCAGCGACAGCGGGGAGUCGGGGGCUUCCGUGGUGGCGGCGGUGGAGAGGGAUUUGGAAGAGGCGUUCAGAGUGUUCGACUUAAACGGCGAUGGAUUCAUAACGUAG